AUGGAGGCACCCACGCGCACCAACAGGUACCUGGAAUGGCAGGAAAACCACGAUCUUACCAAAAUCCGACUCCAUGAGCAGGCGAAAGCAUUCGGCUCUACCAAAGCCAUCGAGGACUGGAAGACCAUCGAAGGACUGCGGUACUGGGUGCAACGUCGCGAACUCAAACUCCUCGACUACGAGGCUUGCUCGGACGCGGAACUCUCUGCCUUCAUCGUCCAGCGGAAGCUCGCCAUCUGCCCCGAUGCAAUGCAGGAGCCCUACUCUGAAGGAAAGCCGUGGGCGCUUCGGGCUUGCGCGAUCGAAGCUUUAGGCGCAGCCGACAGGGCCCCGAUGUUCCAUCACUUCCUUGAUCUAGUUCCUGAGCUCCGCCAGAGAAUCUACGAGAUCGACAUGCAGGACUUCAAGGCUUCCUCACUCCCUGCCAAGCCGCCGAUUGCAUCGACCUGCCGCCUCAUCCGACAAGAAGCCCUCCCAUUACUCUACGUCAACCACACCGUUAUUCUGUCUUAUGACAUGAAGCAGCUGAGCAAAGUCAGCUGGAUACUCGCGACCGAUGGCGUCGUCAUCGCGCCUGGUCAGACAAAGCCGCCCGGAAUGACGUUCACCGAGAUCAAGAAUGAGCUCGAGCAGGAGACGACUUGGGGAUCGAUAUUCGCUCGCGCUUCAAUCGAAAACUACCGCACCACGCAACUUCUGUUCCACAUGCCUCCCGAACACUUCCAGUACCUCCGGCAAAUUCACUUGGUCUUCAAUCGUGAACGAUUUUCAGCCUGGCACAAAGCAGCGGCAAUCAGCGUGACGUUGGGCAAAUCUGCGCAAACAUACCGCGUCAAGGUCGAGCGGCUAGACACCGAUUUACGCAUCAACCGUAAGCUGGUCGUUCAGCCUGAGAACAUGGUGGAGCGUCGAGUGAUUGAGGUAUUGGACCAGGUCGCGACCAGAGGGGGCAUGAUGAAGCUUACCGCCGAAGAUUUUUGCGCGUUAAAGCACGCCAUCACGCGCGGUUGGUGUGACUAUUCUGAGUGGCACAAAGAGACAACCGGGGAGUUUGCAUACUGA